AUGGGUAGGGAGACCCUCCGCCAGCGCGAGCGGCGAGCGGCACACUUCCGCGUGCGCCAUGAGGGCCUGGCGGACCGCGCUCCUGUCGACGCGGCCACGGUGCAGCAGUGCCUCCGCGGCCUUGACAAACACAACUGCAACCAUUUCGGCGUGCGCGCCUGCGUGCGGAUGGAGCUGGACGGACUGCACGAGCCGCCGAGCCACGCCUGGUGCGGCGGCACGCGCUGCCUCCUCCCGUGGCCGGCCGUCGGCAAGCGGACGACCUUCAUCGCGUACGCCGCCUGGCGGAGGCGAGACCCGGCGGUGAAGCAGCUGAUCGUCGGCGGCGCAGACCCGACCGUCUCGGAGGCGGCGGCCGAGGGCUGCGCACCCGCCGGCCUGCGCCAGGCGCUCCACUCCGUCGCGCCGCGCUCGGCCGUCUACGCCGUCGCGCAGAUCGCUUGCGACGCGUGCGGGGCAAGGCCGGGCGAGGACGGAGGCGCUGCGGCGCGCUGCGGGCCGCUGCUGCGCUGCGCGCCGCCGCUGCUGCGCUGCACGCCGUGCGGCUGCGUCUGCUGCGAGCGCUGCCUGUGGAGCACGUUUUGCGAGCCGCCGCAGUCGCAGUCCGAGGAGCGGGGCGAGGUGCGGUGCGGUGCCUGCCGCGCCAGCCUGCACACGCCGGGCGGCGAGGAGGCGGAGGAGGGCGCGGCGCUGGCGGGCCAUUGCCGCGCAGCCUCCCGCGCCUCCUCCGCCGCCUCCGCCUUCGAGGAGGAGGCCGAGGCGGCGGCCGAGGCGGCGGACCAGGAGGCGGACCAGGAGGGUGGCGGUGAGGAAUGCGGGCGCUUUGGCGUCGGCGAGGGCGUCGGCGGCAGCCCCGCUGGACGUGCGGCUGUCGCCGGCCCGUACUCCUUCCUCAGGCCGAACUGCAUCGUCUGCAACCUCGACCGCACCUGCCGCAUGGCGGGGCGGCGGGGCGACGCGUUUGCUGCGCUGCCGCCGCGCGCUGCCGCCGCGAACUACGCCGCGGGCUCCUCCGACACGGCGCUGCUCCGCGCGCUCUGCUCGGCGAACGCCGGCGUCUCGCUCGACACUGCGGACGAGUACGGGAUGACGCCGCUGCACGUGGCGGCGUGGAGGGGCGCUGCGGCGUCGGGCGACGCAGCGCUGCGGGCAGCGUGGUGCCCCGCGCGAGCGCUGCAGACGGCAGUCCCGCUGCCGACGGUACGCGGCGCGGGCUUGCGCGUGCUCAUCUCGAGUCGAGAGGGGCACGCCGGAGCCGGGUCGGUGGUGAUCGACGGCGCCGUCCCCGAGCCGCUGCUCGAGAAGCUCGACGCGCUCUUCGCCUCUCUCCCCCUCGCGCCGCGCUACAAGUGCACGCAGGGCCUCAACGACCGCGCGUACUUUUGCGAUGCCGAGGGGUGGGGCGUGCCCAUCGUCGGGACGCCGAUCGCGCACAUGCGGUUCCUGCUCUACGCAGAGGCGGGCGGGGGACUGCCGCCGCACGUCGACCUGUCGCGGACGGACGCCACGGGGCGCACCUCGACGCACACCUUCAUCCUCUACCUCUCCGGCUGCGCGGAGGGCGGCGAGACCGUGCUGCUCGAGUCGCUCUCGCUCGGCAAGGGAAGCGUGCGCGCCGCCGUGACGCCGGUGCGAGGCCGCCUGCUCCUCUUCCCGCACGCGUGCCCGCACCUCGCCCGGCCGGUGGUCGCGGAGGGCCUACCGAAGCUGCUCCUGCGCGGGGAGAUGUAUUAG